AUGCCAUUAAACCUUCUCCCACAAAAUAUCUGCCCAAACUCUUCGCCCAACCCGCUCAGCUACGCCUACCUGGCGUCCAUGGUGGCCGAGAGCAAGGCGGUCAAGUGGGACGGCGUCGCCAAGAUCGACCUCACGCGCGGCGAGGGCGAGGGCGACGCGUGCGUGGGGCGCAUCAAGCUGCCGCCGGGCCACUUUAACGGGGAGACCAUGUUCGUGCCCAGGCACGACGACCCCGCCGCGUGCGCGUCCGAGGACGACGGCUUCCUCGUCACCUUCGUGCACGACGAGGCAGCCGGUUCCAGCUACCUCGGGAUCUGGGACGCCGCCACCAUGGACGACGCGCCCUUGGCGCGGGUGGCGCUGCCGGCGCGCGUGCCGUACGGCUUCCACGCGGCGUGGGUGGGGCGCGAGGCGUUUGGCGCGCAGCUCAGGAGCGCGCCGCUCGCCGCGGCGCCGCUUGAGGGGGCCACCCUGGUCGCGGCGUGA